GGGUGGGGCAUGCUGCAUGUUUCCUGAUGGAGCAACAUCGCGUUUCUCCGAAUUGACUUGUUUGUUGACGGCCAAGAUGGAGUUCCUUAUGGGAAAUCCGUACAGUACCCCAGUGGGGCAUUGCAUUGAAAGAGCAACUGACGGAUCCCUACCAAGUGAAGACUGGACGCUUAACAUGGAAAUAUGUGACAUUAUCAAUGAAACAGAAGACGGGCCAAAGGAUGCGAUUAGGGCAGUGAAAAAGAGGCUGAAUGGCAAUAGGAACUACAGGGAAGUGAUGCUGGCUUUAACGGUGCUGGAGACUUGUGUAAAGAACUGUGGCCACAGGUUUCAUGCUCUAGUCACUAGCAGGGACUUUGUCGAUGGCGUUCUUGUUAAAAUAAUCUCUCCUAAAAACAACCCUCCAAACAUCGUUCAAGACAAAGUACUGGCCCUCAUUCAGGCAUGGGCCGAUGCUUUCAGGAGCAGUCCAGAUCUCACAGGCGUUGUCCAAAUCUAUGAGGAGCUAAAGAGAAAAGGCAUCGAGUUCCCCCUGUCAGACUUGGAGACCCUCUCGCCUAUACAUACACCUCAGAGGACCGCAUCUGCACCGGAGGGAGACUCAACUUUACAUAAGUACACCACCCCAUCCCAACCUGCGCCACAUGCUGUUCCAACGGCCUUCACCACACCUCAAGUUGCAAACAUUCAACCCACUGGGGCCAUCAACCCAACACCUGAACAGAUUUGCAGACUGCGCAGCGAGUUGGAUGUUGUGCGAGGGAACACUAAAGUCAUGUCUGAGAUGUUGACUGAAAUGGUCCCGGCACAGGAGGACACUUCUGACUAUGAGUUGCUACAGGAGCUGAACAGGACAUGCAGAGCCAUGCAGCAGAGGAUAGUGGAGCUCAUAUCCUGUGUCUCCAACGAGGCAGUUACUGAGGAGCUGCUGCACGUAAACGAUGACCUCAAUAACAUCUUCUUGCGCUACGAAAGAUACGAGAGGUUCAGAUCUGGAAGGUCUACAGCUCAAAGUGUCAACAAUGGGGUCUUAAGUGAAGCGACAGCGGACAACCUCAUAGAUCUGGGUCCCGCCUCACCAGCGGUGGUCAGCAACAUGCCCAACGCAGCUCCAACCAGCUUACCUCCGAGCAUCACUGCCACCACUGGGAGACCAUCCUCUCCAGCCACCUUGGCCUCUCGCCUGGCUGGACUAGAUGUUGGCGCCGACAGUGUGAGCAGCACCCUAAGCUCUUUAUCCAGCUGCAAGCCUCCACCUUCCCAGGACGAAUUUGACGUGUUUGCCCAAACUAGGACUGGAUCCCUCCCUGAACCUAAAACGAUGACUCAAGCAGAGGACAGCCAUGCUGCUGCAGCUGCUGCAGCUGCUGCUCUUCCUCCCACUCUGGAUGUCCAACAGCCGCAUGCAGCAGCGUGUGUCGGAGGCCAGUCCUCUGUCAUGGAUGACAUAGAGGAGUGGCUAAGUACUGAUGUGAAAGGAGAUGAAGGUGAGGAGGGUGUGACAAGUGAAGAGUUUGACAAGUUCCUGGAGGAACGAGCCAAAGCCGCAGAAAUGGUCCCCAGCCUGCCAUCUCCUCCAAGUGCUGAGCCCGGCGCAGCGCAGGGAACCCCAAGCCGCAAGAAGCCGGACAGACCGGAGGACGCUUUGUUUGCCAUGUAGACCAAAACACGUCAAGUAACACUAUUUAGAUCCACUGCAGUGAUGUAACUUCAUUGAAAGGGAAUCUGUACGUCUACACGGGAAAAACUUAACUAAACGUUCUAUUUUCAUAUGUUAAAAAAAGGGAUGAAUGGCAUGAAAUGACAGCGGGGUGUGUGCGUCUUCAUGCUUGCAUGUAGACUUAAAUGGGUUGCCCCCCCCAAAAAACCUCCCAGCAUGCAUCAUUACACACGAUUAGUCAGUUAUGUUUUGUUACUAAAACCUCCGGUUUGGUUUUGCUGUCCUGAGCAUCCAUACGGCAAUAUUAUUUUUCCGUUCAGUCCCGCUGCAAGUAGGCAUGAUUUCAAGUGUAAAUGUGUAAAUGACUAAUGUUCCUUUUCGUGUAUAUUUCAAGCGAAGUAUGUUUGAGAGAAAUGUAAUAUACAGUAGAAUUGUAGGGGGGAAAGGGAGGGCUGAUGAGCUCGCAUUUCCUGGCUGCUGUAUGAUUAGGGAUGCGCUGCACAAGCAAAGGGAACCUCAUGAUGUAAUGCGCUUAAAACAAGUGAGUUUAGUUUGGCAUAGUUGUACACAGUAAUGUGUUUUAUUUGGGGUCCAAUCUGCCUUUUUUGUGUUGUAGUUUUCAAACUGCCCUUAUUGACUACGUAUGUGUUGAGGUUUCUUUGGCUUAGGUCUUGUUUGCGUGAUCACCUUAAUGCUGAGAAAAUAAUUUAUGGGCAGUUGUAUUCUGUUUUUCGUCUUCUUUAGUUCAAAGGACCAAAUGUGUUAUUUCCCUUGGAUACAGAAAGAACGCCUUCAACCCAUGGUUAUAUCAUUCUCAUCCCUUUCAUGCUGUUUGCACAUUAUUGGUGUGCGCUUCCUGUAGGCUGACAUCUUUAGAAAAGAUUCUGACCUUUCCAGCGCCACUAUUUGUUCCCCAGAAAUGAGCUCAGGCGCUACAAAUGAGACCUUUUACUUUCUUGACGGGAGUAAACUUGUUCCAGGAGCUGAGAGCAAGCGUGCACUUUGACAGCGGCGUGGCAUUUGAACUUGUACUUUAUGUAAAUCAGCUGAGGGAGGAGCACUCGGAUGUAAGUAAUUAUAGAGUUUGGGAGUGUAAAAAUAACUUAUUGGUAAUUGUCCUCCCUGCUCCCCUUCACAUGAGUAUUUUAAAUGGUUUUAUUGCAGUCAAGGAAUAUAUGGGGAAAAGCUCUAUGUAGGGGCAAUUGAUUUAUUUUUGUGGCUUUUUAUGGAGUCUAGAUAUGUUUUAUACAUUGCUGCUGGCUGAUGUAUUGUGUGUUAUUGAUUCUGUUGGUGUUCAUGUGGGUCGAAUGUAAACACGUAAAGCAUCACCUGUCAUCCAUUCAAGAAGGAUUCAGCUUUAUUUUUAGAUUUAAUGGCGCAUCCUCUCUCCUUCCAAAAUUAUACAUAUAUGUCGACUGAAGAGACACAUAUGUAGUGUGUCAGAAAUGUUCCAGGACUGGUGCCACAAAAAAUGUACAAUGGACCCCCCUAGCCGGACCCUUAAAAUUAGCCAAUAAGCGUUUUUAGGGUUCAUCGAGGGGACCUAUUUCUUAGAUGUGGACAACAUCCAGAUGGCCGUGACAAUGGAGCUGUGGAGGAUCCCGGAAGAAUCCUUCCAGGAUUACAUGCAAGUGUGGCAUAGAAGACUGGGAACGUGCGAUAGACUCCAGGGUGAUUACUUCAAAGUGUAAAACUUGGUUUGGGUUUGAAAUGCAUCUUUUGCGACGCUAGUCCUGGAGGUUUUCUGACACACCUGGUAUAUUGUCGAUGUCCUGUAUGCCUCUUGUUUAGUCCAUUAAUGCCAGUGUGUCCUCUUUAUUGCCCAUGUGUAACUGGACCUCAGCACACGGGACAGUCCAGCUCCCUCAGAGGAACUUUGUUUCUUUGUGAUCACUGAACACUUGAGUGGACAGAUGCUGAUGUGUGUGUGAUUUUCUGUCUGUGUUGUUUGACUUCUGCAUGAACUAAAUAAAACUUUUAGCAGUGUGACAUA